GAAUAAUUUUGGUCUUUCUCCGAUCGUCCUCAAACUUGGUGGAGUUUUCGAUUCCAUGUUGUGUUUUGAUUUUCAUUUCCUCCUCUCAGUUAAAUUCCAACUUCAUCGUUUUUCAUACUCACAAAACUGACUUGAUUCCUACGCAUCAUCCAAAACCCGUUCCCCAGACUUGAGCUUAAUACCCUCAAUUUCAAUCUGAUCCCAGUUUGGGAAUUUCCGUUUUCACCGUCAAAGUUUCAAUCUUUAAAGGUAAAGUUUGUUGGGGAAGGUUAGGUUCCGAUGGACACGAAUAAUUGGAGGCCUCCUCAAGGUGGACAUACAAAUGGUGCUGAUUGGCAAGAGGAGGUCUAUCAAAAGAUCAAAGUCAUGAAGGAGAUGUACUACUCCGAACUAAGUGAAAUGUACCCAAAACUUGCUACUAAAAUUCAUCAGUACGAGUCCCUUCCACAACAGCCAAUGUCAGAUCGGCUUGAGAAGCUGAAGAUGUUUAAGACCUUGCUGGAGCACCUGAUUGCUGUCUUACAAAUUUCCAAAACUAACAUAUCACCUGGUUUGAAGGAGAAGUUGGAUUUAUAUGAGAAGCAGAUGAUAAAUUUUAUUAAUGUAAAUAGACCCAGGAUUACUCAAGUGCAAUCUCAUGAAAAUCAGAUGAUCCUACAAUUGCAAUCCCUGAACUUGCAAGGUUCCGUGCCAACAAUGCAGCAGAACAAUAUGACGGGCUUGCAGCAAAAUUAUAUGUCUUCUUUAUCUGGGGUUUCAACAGCACAGCAAAACAUGAUGAAUCGAUUGCAGCCAAGUUCCAAUAUUUAUCCAGGACAAGGAACCGCACUGAACUCACUGCAGCAGGUUCCUGUGGGCUCUGUCCAACAAGCUUCUGUCAGUGCUCCCCAACAAGUUAACAUGAAUGCCUUACCAUCUCAGAAUGGGAUUAACAUGUGAACCUCGAGCAAAUGUGUCAACAGCUACAGAUGCAGAAACCGGAGAUGCUUCAAGAAAAGCAACAGCAGCAACUACAGCAACAAGCAAAGCAGCGGCUGCAUCUUAUUUAUUUCAUCUAUCUCAUCUUUCUUGUUAUCCUCUACAUUGCUGCUGUUUUCGGGAAAGGCUGUUGGAUUUAAUCAGGCUUUGUUCUCCCCUACCUACUAUCUGCUCUUUGUAAUUCUGUAGCUCUAAGCUUGUUGUGAUAUGAUAUUUCUCUGCGAUUACUUCUUUUA